GGCCCCUUUAAAUCCUAAGCUCCACCUUUGCUUAGAAGAGUUUCUGGGGAUUAUAAAAGGGGGUGCAGCUCCUUUCUACUCCGGGAAACGCCUGCUGCUCUUGCCUUUGCCCACAGGCCUGCAGCCCCAGCCCCUCUCCAGUGCCCACCACCCCUGCUUUGGUGCCAUGCAGCUGCCGCAGCUGCCACCCUUCGACAUGUGGAAGGACUACUUCAACCUGAGCCAGUUAGUAUGGGAGCUGAUUGAGAGUCGGGGGCAAAAGCUGGAGACUCAAGAAACUGAUGAGCCAAGUCCCGGGCCCCCACUGGGGCAGGAUCAGGGACUGGGAGGGCCGGGGGCCCCCGGGGGCCUGGGCACUCUGUGUAACUUCUGCAAGCACAACGGGGAGUCCCACAACGUCUACUCCUCACACCAGCUGAAGACACCGGACGGCAUGGUGGUGUGUCCCAUCCUGAGGCACUAUGUGUGCCCCGUGUGCGGGGCCACCGGCGGCCAGGCCCACACGCUCAAGUACUGCCCGCUCAACGGUGGCCAGCAGUCCCUGUACCGCCGCAGCGGGCGCAACUCGGCUGGACGCAGGGUCAAGCGCUGAGGACCGUGAGAUGCCCACCACCCACACCCCUGACCCUCCUGGUCCAUCCCACCCAAGUCCCUCCACUCUCUUCUCCAGUCACCCAGCCCUUUGGAAUUUCUGGCCCCAAGAACUCCACCCUGCUGGAUCCUGAAACAGGGGAGGCUGCUGGGAGCCAGGCCAGCCCCGCCCCCUUGGACCUGUCAGCCCUCGGAGCUCAAGCAUCCGAGGGUCCUUGGUGUGCCGGGAACCCGGCCUGCACAGCCCUGCAGCGCCCUCUGGGUCCCGGUUCGUGGAUGUUUUGUCCUCGUGGGGCCUGCUGGUGACAAGAGCCCUGCCCCUUCGACUUCUCCGUUCCCCCUGGAGUUCUUGGAUAUUCGAACCUCCAGGAUUCCUCAGUGCUGUUCCAAACCAGCCCUCGGGAGACACUGAACAAGGCUGGUUCAGAAGUGCCCACCCAAGAACUUCAAGACGGGAUGUCGACUUAAGACCAGCCUUCUCCACUUUCAGCCUCCUGCAGAACCGCGGUGUCAUCGUGGACCACACCGGUUCAUUCAUUCCCUGCCCUCAGCAUCCAUCCCUCAGGACCUCAGUGGGACGCUGGACGGCCCCGUGUCCCUGGAGAGCACCAUGUCUUCGCAGGCUCACCUAUGGAUGGAGAGCAGUGGGGUGAGCUGACCCGUUUCAAUGCUCCCUGGUUGCUCUUUUCCUUGUUCAGCCCAUUGCACUCGGUACCUGCCCCCAUCCCCAGAUCACCAACUGGUCCUUUCCCCCAGCGAGCCACGCAUCUCUCCGCCACCUACCAUCCGCCCCCAUAAAUCAUGAUACUUGUCUAAAGUACAUUUUUUCCUCCUGUGUGUUUCGUCCUCCAACGUUUAAGUCAAGGAAGUUCCGAUAAAAAGGAGUUUGAGUACCUGGAUGGAAAAGGCAACAGCCUAGAUUUUAUUUUAGGGGAAAAGAAAAGAAGGGCCCCCGUCAGAUUUUAAGUUGUUCAGUUUUUGGCUCAGACCCUGAGUAUUGAGCUCUGGUGAAUAAAAAGUUUCUACAGUCAUCUUUGAAA